UUUCCAAGAGGCUCAUGCUAACCAGACCCGUGGAGUACUCCGUAACCCGUGCGGCCUCUUGCCACACAUCGAUGGGCUGCCCUUUUUUGCGCUGAAAGAAAACACGGUUCCCUUCCAGGCAGUGUCUCUUCAGGAACAACCAAACCCGUGAUAUCAAUGGCACCCUCGGAGGCUCCUCUCAAUGCGGAGGCAAUAGCCCGCGCCGUGACCGGCCUCCCUUCAGCGGUGUUCGUCGGGGGCGUGAGCGGGGCUCUCGACGCGGAAGCGAGUGCCUUGGUGGACAAGCUAGACCCCAAGCUGGAGGAGAUCAAGACCGAUAUCAACGCCGCUUUGGAGCUGUGCCACUCCGGGAACGAGCCGUCUGCUGGGGAGUGGCAAGACGACGUCGAGACCCUAAGAGCGGGCGUGCGGUCGAUCAAGACCAUAGCGGUGAGCUUGCUUAACAACACGUACGUGGCGCCUCGGGCACGAGAGCGCCUUCAUCGAGAGCCCUCCCUCUCGUCCUUCGGAGGUUCAACGAGGGCCGGGGGCGCAUUAGGGCAGCCUUCCACGGACCAAGAGUUCGUUCUAGAGUUGUAAUUUGUUUUCAAUUUGCCGAGUUUCUGUUGUAUAGAUAUGUUUCCUGUGUGGUUGGAGUCUGACAUCUGUAAUUAUCUCCUCCAAGGCGUACCAUUCGGUGUUUUUGGUGUGGGUGGUUGAUGGGCAAGUCUACACUCGUGCUUGCAA